AUGGCUUCUCCAGUACCCUCCGCUGCCCCCCAAACCUCUCCUGUGGCUACUCUAGCAAAUUCUCAUGUAGAAGAGCUACCAAAUGCACAGCCGUUUGACCUGGACGAGGCGCUCAUUUCACCCGAGGUUUCCAUCUCUGUCGAUGCCUUCCGGGCACUCUUUACCUGCGACACGUGCGCCGCCGUUACCGCGGACAUCGGGUACUCGAACUGCUGUCUCACCAACAUCUGCCGCAGCUGCGCGACAAAGGUGCUGUGUUGCACAAAGUGCCCUGAAGGCGAGGCGCCGAUAUUCAACUCCCCCAUGGCCAAGAGGCUGCUAAAGGCCGCGUCCCAUGUCUGUGGGCGUUGCACGAUGGAGCUCACGCCGCUCACUAGUGGCAGCCACACCUGCGACCCCGUGGACUACGACGGUCUGGCCACUCUGACCGGCGCGCACGAGCAGGAAACGGUCAUGAGCACGCCGUGCAGCCUGGGCACGGACGUCUCCCGCAUGCCGGCGUCGUCCCUGAUUGGCAAGACGGUUGUCAUGUGGGGCACCGAGGUCCGCGUUGAUGCGGGCCCCAACCCUACAAACUACAUGGUGGUGUCCAAGACGAGCGACGCCAGCCAGCGGUUCAAGGUCCACAUGCACUCUCUGCUCCACCUGUACGGCGAUGCGGUGUGGCCCAGCAUUGCCACGGCGGCGGCUCUGCAGUUUAGCCUGUACGACGCCGCGCUGCCGACCGCAGCCCCGUUGGCCAAGAAGGCCGCUGGGGGUGGCAAGGUGCGCGCGCCGCGCUUCCGACCGGUCCCCAAGACGCUGCGGACCGCGGAGCAGAAAGCCAUGUACUUCUGCAAGCUGACGCCGGAGGCCGUGGCCAAGCUGCACGAGCCCACGCCGGGCUACGUGUGGCGCGUAGAGCGCAUAGAGCAGCUGGACAAGAGCCGAGACGUGCUGCGAUACCGGGCGCGGCAGUACUCGGAGGCCAGCAACACGGCGCACGGCGAGCCGGCGGUCACUGUCCCCGACUUUGGGCCCGAGUCGUACCUUGCCGGGACAGCGUUUUAG